UAAUCGAAAUCAAAACUGCAACUUUGUAUGAAAUUUUCACGUUGAAAUUACGGAACUAUAAUGGAUAUAAAAAACGAAGUGAAAACCACAGACAAAGACUUUGAGAAAAAGAAAUUUGUUGUGCGAAAUGCUGCGGAUGUUCAACGAGCGAAAUUAGAAAAGCUCAUGAAAAAUCCUGAAAAACCAGUAAUAAUUCCAGAAUCACCAAGGGAGCGCGACUUUUCGUCGACUGUUCCAGCGUUUGUCCGCAACGUUAUGGGAUCCAGCGCCGGGGCCGGAUCAGGAGAGUUUCAUGUGUAUCGACAUCUGCGACGGAAGGAAUACGCCCGUCAGAAGCACAUUCAGGAAAAAAGUCGUUGUGAAUUGCUAGACGAAGAAUUUCAGCAAAAGUUGCAACACAACCGAGAGGUAAUGGAAGAGAAAACGGCUAAAAAUCGGGCAAAACGGCUAAAGAAAAAAGCCAAGCAAAAAGCUAAUAGAGGCAAAAAACCAAAACGGGAUGAUGUUAAGCAACCAGAAAGCAGUGAUGAGGAUGAAAGUGAUAGUGAGAAGAGUGAUUCUGAGAAGAUGGAUGAAAACUUGAAAACCGACUGCGGUGAAAGUCUGCAGAGUACAACCAACGAAAAUAGUGUAGCAGAAAUCACAGACGAUGAAAACAAACAUUCAGUAACUACUAAGGAUGAUGAUGGUAAUGAAACAUCAACACAAACCCCGAAAACAACCGUUGAUCCGAGUAACGAAGAGUCACUGGAAGAUAGCGCUAGCUCAACCGUAGACCAGGAGGAGAAAAGAAAGGCGAUAAACGAAAGUUUAUCAAGUGAAUCUAACGAUAAACAAGAUGCAUAAAUUUUGUUAA